CGAAUGAACUAGGAGUGGUUUCCUUACCCUACAGCCAUCCAGGGCUGAACCAGCGGUUGCAAAUAACACAGCUCUCCACAUUGAGCUGCAGUUGUGAAGCGCUACGGUUUAAUCUUCAAUAACAGUAAAGACAGCAGUAAAGGCUGGAAAGAAAACAGGGCAUGAGCUCAGUGGGCUGAGUCUAGUGUUUAUCAGAUCACUCCUGCUGGAUGGCCGGUGGGGGUCUCAGUCUAAGUUGGGUUCUGCUGGUGUGUGCUGUGAUUGAAGAGGCCAUCCCGCUGUUCCACACAUACUCCUCCUGAUCUCUCGCACGCUUCCCGGGAUCACCAUGCUGCCUCUCUUGUUGGCUUCGCUGCUGGCCGUCCACUCUCUCGCUCUGGAAGUGCAUGUCGCAGACUCCCCAAUGGUGGUGCUGUUCGGAACCGACACUAUCCUCAACUGCACCUUCUCCGGGGUCUCGACCUUUAACCUGUCACAGCUGACUGUGAUCUGGCAGCUGGCAGACACUCAGCCGCCCGUGCACAGUUACUUGGAACAGCAGGACCAGUUGACUAACCAGGAAAAGCGGUUUGCUAACAGAACCAGUCUGUUCCAUGGGCAGUUAGCAUCCGGAAAUGCCUCCCUGCUGCUAAAGAGGGUCCGCGUGGUAGAUGACGGGAUCUACACCUGCUUUGUUAAUGUGGAGGGCCACAGCACGGGCUCCAUACUCAUGCAGGUGGCAGCCCCCUACACUAAGCCUUCAGUGACCUGGGAGGCCGAUGCUAACCACAAACCAGGCGACCUGGUAGACCUGAUCUGCAUGGCGUAUGGAGGAUACCCCGUGGCUGAGGUGCUGUGGCAGGACGGCAACGGCUGCAACCUCACGGAGAACGUCUCUGUGUCGUCAGUAGCCAACGAGCAGGGCCUCUUCACCAUCAAGAGUGUUCUGACAGUGACUCUGGAGCCUAACAACACCUACAGCUGCAAACUGACCAAUCCAUUGCUAGGCGAGGAGGGUCAGGCAUUUGUCACCAUCACAGCUCAGGGUUUGGCAUUUCCGCCGGUGGCUCUGUGGGUAACGGUGGGUUUGGCCGUGUGUUUGCUCGCCCUGCUCAUUGCCCUGGCUGCUGUCUGCCACAGGAAGAUCAAAGAGAGCUGUGAGGAGAUGAGAGCAGAGCAAGAAGCCAAAGAACUUGAGGAAGCCAAAGAACUUGAAGAAGCCAAGUCAGCCACAACACCUCUCAAGAGCUAAAGGCAAAGACCACGGGGUGAAACCACGCAUGAAAGAAGGAGUCUCACUUUAAACCCCCAGUGCACCACACCAUCCAAGAAGAGGCGCAUUUGAUUUUCAGCAUACAGUCUUUGUAGGGCAUUCUCAGUGUUCUUAAUACCUGUGCAUUUACUGUAUGUUGAAAGUGCAACUUAUUACGUUCCUUUGAAUCACACACCCAACAGUAAAUUGAGCUCAUACGGUAGAAGACACUAGAGAGUUUAAAUCUUAGACAUUUUAUAUUGAUGUUAAGCAUCAUGCUGUGGUUUCUUGAUAAGAAACAGAAGAAAAUGUCACAUAUGUGUAAAGACACAGGUAUUAGAACACAUAUUUAGUGCCGCCAAGGCCCACCAAUUCUUCUUUCGUCCAUUUCUGCUGUCAGUCUAGCUUCCUGUUUUAUAUUCCGAAUGCUAUUCGCCUUCCUUUCUAAACAGCAUGGACAGAAAUAACCUCAGCCAUUCUAGUAGCCCAGCCUUGCUCCCAGCAGUGUUCGCUUCCACUCGCCAUCACUAUGAGGCAAGUGCCUGAAAUGUAUGGAGCAGGGGCUGUAAUUGUAUGCAGAGUGUGCUAAACAGAAAAUCUGUUUGAAGGCCAUUGCCUUUGACAAGCUUCCAGCUCCACCACUGACACCAGCUCCACUCCAUUCUGCAUUCAGAGUGGAGCCUCAUGUAACAUCUCAGACCUAAUAGAAAGUGAAGAGCUUAAGAGAGGAGCCAGCGAAGAAGCAGCCGUCAGUGUCUGGAGUGAAGAGAGGCUCUCCUCUUUCUCUCUUACCCUUGCUUCUCCACCACUGCACUGGCCUGGACUAAUUAAGGCCUGCCCAUGAACUAACUUGUACCUGUCAGCGUCUGCCUGCUCCCAAGAAAUCCAAUAACUUUGGGGAGAAAUUUCAAUUGAAUGCCAGCUAAGCUCGAACAAACUGCAAAUGGUGCAUGGGACACACCCUGGUUUCUCUUUGGCCUCGACAGCAUUAUGGUGAGAAAUGGUUUUAAUGAACGCCGAGUCGACUGUGGGAUUGUGAGACACUUAAGGUGGAAUAUAUUAUGAACUGGGUUUUUUGUAUGCU